GUUUGUAACACAAAGUCUCAGUGCACCUAACCGUACUGUAUCCGUCUCUUUCGUUUUGUUUUCCCCCGAAAAAAAAGUAGCGACCGUCUUUUCUAGCCGUUAAGGAUUAAAAUUGAAUCAUUAUUAUCAUCAUCACUCUGCUUCUUCUUCUUCACUUUUUUUUCUUUUUAACCUAUUUUGUCGAUCUUAUCACCAGCGAUAGUUAACAGAUCUCAUCCCAGGAGAUGAAGUCGUCGAGGAUGAAGUUCGCAAAGAAGCUGAAAUCGAUCAGAGCUGCGGGGGAGUAUCUGAAUCAGGAUCGGAUUCUGCAGGUCCUUUCAGCUGCCGAUGAGUUUAUUCCGAAGAUAUCUAAUCCUAUUCCCCAGAUCACAUCAGCUUCUAUCUGGAAAGCCCCUCAGAGACUUGAACACGUGGAAAACGAGGAGAGUAAAGAAGAAGAAGCAGCAGCGUCUGGAAACGAGGAGAAUAUCCUUCCACCGGUUAACAAGAUUCCGAGAGAUAGUAAACCGGCGGUUACUUGCGGAUCUGAUAAAAGAGGUAUGGGGUGUGGAUUUAGAAGACCUGAGUUGAAUUCGACCACGCUUUUCGAUCCGAAGCUGCUCGAAGCGUUCGAAUUAGCUGUGGGGUGCUUCAGGAGAAUCAACGAUUUAUCCACAGAACCCAAUCUCCACGAUGAUGAUGAAGAAGACGACAACAUUAUCCUCUUUCCCUCCGAUGAACAGGACGAUGAUAGAGGUGAAGAAGAGCCGUUAUUGGGAUUCGAGGAACGGUGUCCACCUGGAGGAGAAGAGUCAGUUGUAUUCUACACAACAACUCUCAGGGGAAUCAGGAAGACGUUCGACGACUGCAACAUGAUCCGCUUCCUGCUCGACAGCUUUAAAGUCAAGUACUACGAGAGGGACGUGUCGAUGCACGUGCGCUACAGGGAGGAGCUUCGGAGGGUUUCAGGGGAGGUUGUUUUGCCUCCGGUGCUGUUCGUGAAGGGAAGGUGCAUCGGGGGAGCUCAGAGGGUGUUGGGUCUGCACGAGCAAGGUAAGUUCAGGGGUUUGUUUGAUGGGGUUCCAGUCGUCGCUGGAGAUAAUACACCUUGCGGGAGGUGCGAUGGGUUUAGGUUUUUGGUGUGUGAUGGAUGCAGAGGUAGCCGACGGAUUGUCUCUAGCGAUGGGUCUAGGGUUCAGUGUUUGUUGUGUAACGAGAAUGGGUUGGUUGUGUGCCUUGAUUGUUGCUCCUAGAUACUGUUUCUUUGUUGUGUGUAUAUUUGGUUUCAUCUUUUAUUGAUUUGAUUCUUUUUAAAGUGGAUUCUUUAGUUAUUAUACUAUGAUUUGUUCUAGUACUAAUCUUCAGCUACCAUUUGCCAUUGUAUUAUUAUCGAGACCGAGUUCAAGAAAGGAAUUAAUGAAAUUUUUGAAA